CUAAAGCAGGAAGUGCGUUGCGUUUCUCUCUGUCUAUAGAUGAGGCGAGAAGGAAGAAAAUGCUAGAAAGGGGAAUGCGGAUAAUGAAACGCUAAAUAAACACACCGUGUCCUGACGAGAGAGCACCAAUCUACAUUUGACCAACACAAGGAAAGGGAACUGUUUGUGAUCGAUUGGGGAACGAGAACUGACCAGAUCACUGUGACCUAAAAUCCACGCCCAUAAUAUCCUCACUCUUCAUCAGAGAUUAAUACGAGAUCACAUUCAAGUAACCCAUCUAACCUACAAACGCAAACAUGAACACUCACGAUUCGGAGGUAUACACUGUGGCACCGGAGAUGCCCGCGAUGUUUGACGGCAUGAAGUUGGCGGCGGUGGCCACAGUUCUGUACGUCAUCGUCCGGUGCCUAAACUUGAAAAGUCCCACAGCUCCACCAGACCUCACUUACCAGGAUACAACACUCAACCACUUCCUGCUCAAGUCUUGUCCUAUCCUGACCAAAGAGUACAUUCCUCCUCUGCUAUGGGGUAAAAGCGGUCAUCUGCAGACGGCCCUCUAUGGAAAGUUGGGUCGGGUCAGUUCGCCACACCCUUUCGGCCUGCGCAAAUAUCUGCCCAUGCAGGACGGGGCCACGGCAACUUUUGACCUCUUUGAACCCCUGGCGGAUCAUCAGUCCGGAGAGGACGUCACCAUGGUCAUUUGUCCUGGCAUUGGGAACCACAGUGAGAAGCACUAUAUCCGCACUUUUGUGGAUCAUUCGCAGAAACAGGGCUACCGCUGUGCUGUGCUCAAUCACCUCGGGGCCUUGCCGAACAUUGAGCUCACCUCCCCUCGCAUGUUCACCUACGGUUGUACGUGGGAGUUUGCAGCAAUGGUGGGCUUCAUCAAAAAAACAUAUCCCCAAACCAAACUUAUUGUGGUGGGCUUCAGUCUGGGGGGAAAUAUCGUCUGCAAGUUCCUGGGAGAGAACCGCACCAACCAGGAGCGGGUCCUGUGCUGUGUCAGCGUGUGCCAGGGCUACAGUGCACUAAGGGCUCAGGAGACGUUUCUGCAAUGGGACCAGUGCCGCCGUUUCUAUAACUUCUUGAUGGCCGACAACAUGAAGAAGAUCAUUUUGUCCCACAGGAGCGUCUUAUUCGGCGUGGGCUCCACUAAAAUGGUGGAUGCAGAUCUCAGCCGGCUCUAUACCGCCACAUCCCUCAUGCAGAUCGAUGACAACAUCAUGAGAAAAUUCCAUGGACACAACUCUCUAAAGGAGUACUACGAGAAGGAGAGCUGUGUUCAUUACAUUCAUAAUAUAAAUGUGCCUCUGCUGCUGGUGAACUCUGCUGAUGAUCCGCUGGUGCACAACACGCUGCUCACCAUUCCUCGCACACUCGCAGAAAAGAAAGAAAACGUGAUCUUCGCACUGACGCUGCACGGGGGACACCUGGGUUUCUUCGAGGGUGCCGUGCUGUUCCCUCAGCCCCUCACCUGGAUGGACAAGGUCAUUGUCGGCUACGCCAAUGCCAUGUGCCAGUGGGAGAAACAGAAACCACCAUGCCAAAGUCAAGGCGCCCAUUCCACCGAAACCAAAUGCCAAGACAGUAAAUCCUAACCGACCCCGUCUCCGUUUCACCUCCACUGAGACAUUUUCACCACGCACAUGAGGGAUCGGACCACCAUUUUCAAGCGUUCACUGUCAGUGGGGAAUAUGUGUUUCUCUUUUUAUAUCACGACAUGAAUCGUAACGACUUUUCAACGGAGAAAACGGAAAAGCCACUCGAUUACCAAAAACAAUCAAAUAACCUGUGUAGCGAGGGCACCCUUUUAUAUUUACUGUAGUUUGUAGUUAUUUACAUGCAAGCAGUAUCUCUUGCCCUCUAAUUAGGACACUGAAAACUGAUUAGUUUAUCACUGCUAAAUAGGAUCUAACAGAGCCGAGUGAAUCUCACAAAAACAUCCGAAAUCAACGUCAAAAAGGGGGGGAAGUGUAAUAUUUUUGGAUAAUAUUAAUAGUCUUUAUUUUGCAUAAAUAAAAUGAAGCCUGUUUUUUGACAAUUAAAAAGUUUAGCACAUUUUUUUGGGGGGCUAAAUGAGCUAAAAUAUUUCUUCCAUUCUUUUGAUUUUGGAUAGAAAUACAACCUUCACAUGUUCUCGACCUCUUUUGUGAGAUUCACUCAGCCAGUCAUCUUAUUAAACAGACCCGGCGAACUUCGUCACACGUGAGUUUAUGGGAAGUGAGUGUUAUGCAGGCACUGUGUGCUUACGGAUACGACCGGCACGCCAUUUGACUGCAUAUUAGCAUUUGAUAAUAAGCGGCUAUCUUCGGUUUUUGGCCUGGUAACUGUUUUAGCACAGGCUAGCAUUCACAUCGCUCAUAUUUUAAAGCUAACUAGACCUUCUUAAAUAUACCAGAGUAUGAUGAGAAACGUCAUUAAGCGUGAAUCUAUGUACCAGGCCUUGUCGGUUGAAUCCAAGUCACAUUCCUAGUUUUUGUUUUGCACUUUUAUAUAUAAUGUUUGCCAUAGGAUCCGUUUUGUUGUCACUAAGAGUCUAAUAAAGACUAGGCGACCAUAUUAAAACUAGAAAUUAACAAUGAAAACAAGAGGGAGAGAGAAGACCUUGAAUAAUUGACUCGAUGAUUCCUCCUGAUCACAAGCCCACUACGAUCCCACAAGCACUAUGAGCCGGUUUAGAUGUCGAAUCCCGUUGCGUUCAAGCCCUGCUGGAGAUCAGCAGACACUGUUGCUGCAGUAUUGACUCGUGUUUGUGGAGAUCCAUUGAAGUUGGUAGAAAUAGAUUGUGUAUCGUGUUGAUUUGGGACCCAGUGGGAGACAACAGUGCAUUUCUCGCUGCAAGUCUGUGAAAACUGGUUACUUAAAGGGAUUUGUGCUAUUGUAUUGUUUCAGUUUAUUUUUUCUUUCUUUAUCAUUUCACUGUUUUGUGCAAUUACUUGAUACAUUUAUGUUUCUUUACUCUUGGAAUCAAGACUGUCUCAAAUGGAGCUGAACUUUUUUUAUAUGUUAACCAUUUGAAUAAUCAAAUGCAGAGGGGAAAAUAUAUGUUUAAAUUUGAAGGGAACAUUCAAAGUGUCAUUUCCAAAGGCCUGUGCAGAUUCUCCAGACAUGAACACAGUGCUUUAGUGAUUUUCAGCGAAGCCAUCAUGUACAGGUGAAUUUCACAAAAUGUCCAGGUCAUAUUUCACCCCAACAAAAAAUUGCAUUUUGCUUUAUUAUACAUAUUUGUAGGACUACACACACACACACACACACACACACACACACAUAUAUAUAUAUAUAUAUAUAUAUAUAUAUAUAUAUAUAUAUAUAUAUAUAUAUAUAUAUAUAUAUAUAUAUAUAUAUAUGUGUGUGUGUGUAAAAUUUAUUUCGACAUUAUUUUCAUGCCAAUUCAAGCAAAUGUCUCAGGCAACCACCAGCUUUGUUAUUUUAGCAAUGUUUUAAUGACAAAAAAUCUGAAGAAAAUUGUUUCUUUAAGCAAAAAUCAGAAUUUAAUGUGAACUCCUGUCACAUGUCUCCUGGACUUCUAUUUUCUCAAAGAAGAAACUGAGAAAUUUCUCAUCAAAUUUUGAAAGUUUUGGCCUUCCAGUCCUUGUCCAUCCCAUUUAGGUUUGAGAGAGCCGGUUCCUGCUAUUGCUCAAGUGUAAGGGGAUGUCACUAAAUACUUGCCACUUUAGCCUAUAAAAGCUGUUUUUUCAGAUUUGUAAUACUGCAUACAAAUUCACUGUAUUUUCUGAUUAUAUUCUAAUAAAGAGACUGAGAAAUAAUUAUAUAUAGUCAAUAUACCAUUGCUAAAACGACAUCUAAUGGUGGCCUAAGACUUUUGCACAGGGAGAAAUUUUCAUAUUUUUUUUUUUUCUUGGGUUGAAAUAUUACUUGGCCAUUUCUUGACAGAUUUUGUGAGAUGACAUAAUCUUUAUUGAUUAUCAUCAUGCUGCAGCUGUGAAAGAAAAUGAGGAAUCUUGUACACAAAACUAUUUACGUUUCCAAGGGAGAAAAUGGAAAAGCCAUUCGAUGACCAAAAAAACAACAAAACAAAAAACAAUCAAAUAACAUGUGUAGUGUUUAGUAUAUUGCUUAAUUGACAGUUGAGUAAAGAUUUGUCACUGAUUGCCGGAAACAAUCAGUCAUAUAUUGUGAAAAAUGUGCUUUUCUUAACAAACGUAAUUGCCUUCAUUAUUAUUAGUGUUUAGUUGUUGAUAGUGAUGCAUCUUCGUAAAGGAGAAAGUGUUAACAGCACUUUGUGUUGUGUCAAAAGACAGGACUGUUUUUACCAGUUAGCAGUUGAAAGACGCCCCCUGUGGGUUAUCAGGUGUAGAAGCACUGAUUCACACUCUACAGCUCUCAACUGAUCCAGUUUAUAAAAACCCAUCCAGAUAUUUAGUAUUAAUUGGUUUAGAGAGAGCGUUUACCUCCCCUCUGUUAGGUCUUGUUGUGUGAAGUUGUCUUAUUUCUUAAACUUGUGGAAAACAGCAAAAUCGUGUUGUAAGACUGAAAAGCUCCCGACUGGGUGUCAGUGUUCGGCUGUUUCCGGUGAUCGGAUCUGUUUGGCCUUUUACACCAGCACAAAUUCAAUCUCUGCUGUAACUCGAUCCAGUUUGCCUUUCAGAAUGUCUCCCACUUACUUUUUGCACAGAAAACAUGUGCUUAUGUUGUACAUCCUGAGCAAAUGUUACCCAAAUUUGUUUGAUUUGUAUUUUACAUUAAUUUCAAUAUUGUUAUUUUUAUGUACAAAAGUAUGAUUGUUAAUGUUAAUGUUUGUGUCAUAUCACCACGUCUGCUUAUGAAAACUACCAACAAACUUGCAUUGGCAGGUAAAAAUAUAAAUGUUUUUAGUUGAAAUAUAGUGAUUUGUUUAUGGAAACCAGGAAACAUUAAUUUGUUUGACGAUCAGCAAUAACGCUCUGAAUUAUUUUCUCUUUUUCUCCACGCCAAACCGAGAUAAUUAGCUUAUUGUGUCAAAUGGAGUUUAGAGAAAAUGUAUUCAUGCUGCAGUCACAAAUGGGAAUUAUAAAAGGAAAGUGAAAGGCCAUAUAUAUAUAAUAAAAAAAAAACUAUUUGCUAUUUGCAGAAUAUAGAGUAGAGUAUUAAAGCUUUCAGAUUGACACUGCCCACUGUAAUCUCACUUGUAAGGGAUUAUUUCACUGAAGAUCACUAAAUUUUCCUACUAUUUUGACCCACAUUCUCAUUACAGUUUGUGUUUGAUGGCUGAUUUUUGAACGUGUCAUUUUUCACGACUUCAAAACCCCAUGCAGCAUAAUAUCUCAAUCACUGGUGUGGUUUUGAUUUGAAAAAACAAUGGUGUGUGAUUGAAUAAUUUAUUAUUACAAGAAUGGUUAUUGUGUUCCAGAAAUAAAUUAUUUUCUUGUUUAAAAAA